UGUCCAUUGGUGACAUUAAUUUCUACUAUAUUUGUCAUUGCAAUUACAAUUUACAUUAAUGAGAAGGUUUCGCCAGUCUUCGUCUUCCUCUGCAUGCAAGUAUAUCUCAACUGGUAUUCGGUGUACAACAUCAGCUGUAAGUCGAAUCCAAUGAAGAUUAAAGAGAUACAGAGUAACUUGUGUAGCGUGAUUACUCAACAGCGUAAAGUCGACCAGGCCAACAUUAUGCAACUACCUGUUCACAACACAACCUACAAGUUCUGGCACUGCGAGAAGUGUCAGAGCUACAUGUGCAAACCAACGCAGCACUGUGUCUUCUGUAAGAAGUGUUUUCACUUCAAGGAUCAUCAUUGCUUCUUCCUAGGUGCCUGUAUACUUCGCCAGAACAUGGGCAACUUUAUCCUAUUUUGUUUCUAUACCUCGCUGACAUGCUUGUACUCCUUGUGCAUACUGGGUCCAUACAUGUAUGAGAACAUUAAUCAUAUAGUGAAAAGCGAUGCGGAUUAUUUCAAUAUAUUCCUGAACUUUUGUUUCCCUAUUGCCCUGAUGAGACUGUUGCGUUCCAAAGGUAGUUCCAGUAUACUUUUAGUCACAAUAUUUGAUACGCUGAUGUCGAUUCUGUGUAUCUGUCUGGUGUUUGGCAUAUGGAAGUUACACAGUUGUUUAACCGGCAAACAACGUUACGUUAAUGUGACGGGAAGACAAAAUCUAAAGGAGAUCUUUGGAAGUUACGGUCUAUCAAAUAUUAUCUUUCCGUAUAACGGUCUUGUAGGCACGCGAGAUAUCAAUGGCAAGUACGAACUAAAGGAAGUAUGAAAUUAAUCGAAUAAACAAUGCAACUUGAUUAAAUUUAAUAAACACAUAUUUCUAUAUUAUAUACUUACGUAGCAAUAAAUACAGUCAUACAUACAACACAUUUAUGCAUUCAUACAUGACAGAGAACACGAAUGUGAGCGCAUUUUACAAUUACCGAAUAUUCUAGGAUAUUAAUAA